GCAAAAUCUUGAUUUUUUGUGCAUGCACAGACGGCUGGAUGACUCAAACUGGUACUUGCGAUGCGCGGUUGGCCCAAUUGGUGUAUCGAGGCAUGAUGACUGGCGUCCUGUGGACCGUUUCCAUCGACACGUACGAGCAUCUCGGUCUCGUUAGCAAGGGCAAAGUGCCGCUGAACCCUCGCUUUCUUUUCGCUUCCACCGGCAAGAACUGCGUGGCGUUCACCAUGUUCCUCGGUACAUUUGGAGGUGUCUCGUGUGCGGCUGAAAAGUUGCGCGGUCAAAAGGACCCGCUGAAUACGUUUCUUGGUGGGUUUGCAUCUGGCCUACUCCUCACAUCAAGCCCUGGGACCCGGGUAUCUGCGCGAACUUCCUUCCUCACGGGUUUGACUUGCGCCACGUUUGCCGCCGCCAUCGACGCGCUUUCCCACGACCACGAUGCAUAAGCCCACGAAAAUGAUUAGUUAUUUUGCUAGGAUAGCGAGGUUUAAAAUAGACAUAAUCGAGCGUUUUGAACGGA